CUUCUUUUAAAACGGGGAUCUGCGGUGAUUGGCGUGCGAUGACAGGCGUUGACAUUGUCAAGGCGGUGAGCCGCUUCGGUGGCGUUCGAUCAGUCAUAGUGUUCAGCGGCGUGACUAUCGCCGCCUUGGCUGCCCUGCUGGCAAUGAGAGGACGCAAACGGAAGCACUCUGACCUCUCUGAAGCCAAGAGCAACUCAUCCGACAGCGCGAGUGACCAAGAUGGCGCCUCCACUACCGCAGGCACAUCGUCAUCAUCCAAUGGCGAAUCAUCAGAUUCUUCUGACGGCCACCAUCAAGCUGAUGACGUUGAGGACAUUGUGGUUGCUGGGGAUGACUCAUCGACAGGCGACAGCUUGUUCGUUCGGUGGUCGAGAAGGGCUGGGUUGGUGCAGCCACACUCGGCUAGGAGGCGCAAGGAGGCGAGACUGUCUGGCGCGGCUGAUGUGGAUGACACUGCAGCAGCUGCAGCAGCAGCGGGGGCGGCAUCGCCAGGUGUGCCGGGCACUCAGCGGGUGUACGUCAAGACAUUCGGAUGCUCCCACAACACUUCCGACGCCGAAUUCAUGAGUGAGUCUUAUCGUAUCGAGGCAAACGGCACACGACGCCCAUUGGCCGUUCUGGUAUGUUUGUCUGUCGUGCAUGUGUGGCUGCUCUGCUGCAGUGGGUCAGCUGUCGUCGUAUGGGUACCAUUUGGUGGACAGUCCGCAGGAGGCCGACGUGUGUGUCAUCAACUCAUGCACCGUCAAGGGCCCAUCGCAAGAGGCAUUCAUGACGGCCGUGCAGCGCGCCAAGGCCAUGGGCAGGCCAGUGGUGGUUUCGGGCUGUGUGCCCCAGGCCGACCGCACCAUACCUGGUCAGUCACUCAGUCAGCCUGCCGGCCAUGCAGCAGAGAGGCAGGGAGGGAGCUGUCCGGUGAGUGCAUUAUGUGUGUGUGUUGUGUUGUUUGUAGGGCUGGAGGACGUGAGCGUCAUCGGCAUUACGCAGAUCGACAGUGAGGGAAAUGGACUGAUUGAUGGGAUGGAUGGAUGGAUGGAUUCAUGGACUAACGCGAGUGCACACGUGUGUGUGUCGUGUGUGUGUGGUGUGAGUGUGUAGGGGUGGUGGAGGUGGUUGAACAGACGCUGCAGGGGCAUAUUGUGCGGCUGCUGGGCAAGAAAAGGUCAGUCGCCCACCAACGGCACCUACCACCAGGCACACGCAUCGAUACCAUGUCUGCCUGUGUGUGUGUGGAUCCCAUGCAAUGCAGUCUGCCGAGCCUUGAUCUGCCCAAGGUCAGGCGCAACCCUCACGUUGAGAGUAAGCACACCACCCCCACAACCACCACACACACAGCUGAGGAGAACGGUCAUCAUAUCAUGCGUCAAUGUGUUGUGGUUCGACCGAUGGAUCAGUCAUUCCCCUGAGCACCGGCUGCCUGGGGUCCUGCUCAUACUGCAAAACCAAACACGCACGGUAGGUAGGUACUCAGGCAGGCCAAGACACACGAGAGGGGUGGGGUAGCAUUCACUGAUUGAAGGCAGGCACAUCUUGAAUCUGUGUGUGUUGUCGUGUCGUGCAUGUGGGUACACACAUACUGACGAUACGAUCAGAGGCAAGCUGGGGAGCUAUGAGACGGAGGCCAUUCUGGACCGAGUGAGGCGGGCCAUCUCGGAGGGCGUCAUGGAGAUCUGGCUCACCAGCGAAGACACAGGUGGGUGGCUGGGUGGGUGGGGUGGGUAACACACACACACACACACACCAGCCCGCUCACUCACAGAGAGAUCCCUACUGCACUGCAUGUGGUUGGGUUGCAUGUGUGUCAUGUGAUUGAUGCACUCACUCUGCACGCUAUAUCAUUCAGGCGCCUACGGCAUCGACCUGGCCACCGACAUCGCCGCGCUGCUGCGAGCGGUGGUCGGGGUGCUGGAGGCCCACCCCGGCUCAGCGGGUAGGGUGAUGGUGCGGCUGGGCAUGACGAACCCGCCGUACAUGCUGCGGCACUGCGGGAGUGUGGGUGAGGUGCUGCGACAUCCGCAGGUCUACGAGUUCAUCCACGUCCCCAUACAGAGCGGGUCAAAUGAUACCCUCAGACACAUGGUGGGUGGGUGCCAAAGAUGGGCGGAUGCAUCUGUGGUGUGGAUGGAUGGGUGGAUGUGUGUGUGUGUGUGUGUGUUUAUCAGGUGCGCGAGUACACUGUCGAGGACUUUCAUGCUCUGGUGGAUGGGCUCAAACAGAGAGGUGGGUGGGUGGGUGCGUCAGAGAAACAGAAGGGUCACACACAGACACACACACACACAGGCAGGUGCGUGCAUUUCUCUCUCUCUCUGUGUGUGUGUCUGGUGUGUUGUGUUCAGUGCCGCGGCUGACCGUGGCGACGGACAUUAUCUGCGGCUUCCCCACCGAGACGGACGACGACCAUCAACAGACACUGGACGUCAUCAGAAGGCACAAAUUCCCUGUAAGCGUGAUACGAUCACAUACACACCAAGAGAGACAGAAUCACGCACACGUGGGCCCUUUUGUUUGCGUCGUGACGUCCAUCCAUUCAUCCAUUUAUCAGGUGUUGAACAUCAGCCAGUUCUACCCCCGCCCCGGCACCGCUGCAGCAAAACUCAAGCGACUCCCCAACCAUGUCGCCAAGACACGAAGCGGUCAGCAGCCUCACCUUACCCGACACACCCACACACACAGACACGUGUGUGUGUGUGUGUGUGUGUGACGCAGGUGAGGUGACGUCUGUGUUCGAGUCGUACGAGACCACCAGCUGGCUGCAGGACACCGUGCAGCGUGUGUGGUUCUGCGAGCACUCCACCCGCAGCCAACACACGGUGGGUCACACCAAGCAGUACGUCAAGGUGCUGGUGAGGAGGGACGAGCAGCUCCUGGGCAAGAGCGCAUUUGUGCGCGUGACGUCCACACACAAGUGGCACGUGCUGGGGGAGAUAUGCCAGCCGCCGAUGGACGUCGAAAAGGGAGAGCCAUGAUGGAUGGAUGGCGUAAUGGAUGUGUGUGUGCGUGUGUGUAUGUGAGGGCGUGUGGCGACGUUUGUAUAGCUAUCUACAGCUAAGGGUCGCUCCUGUACGUGCAUGGACAGUGGACAGACAGUUGUGUGUCGAUUCAUGUUGAUUGCAUCGGUCGACUCCAGUAUAUGAACCCAAACACGGUGUGUCUCUUCAAUGUGGG